GUUGAAGUGGGGAAUGGGAAUUGCUACCUAAGUACGCCGGUGCGCACAAGCACUGUUGAUGACAAGAGGCUGGGAUUCUUUAUGUUUGCUGUUGAGUUUAGUACAGCAUACCACUGAAACGGAAUACGAGAUAAUCGUAAGGUAUAUGAGGGCUUUGAGAGUUUUUGUUCUAUUCGGGGUUGUUGAGAUACUCGAAGAAAAGAAAAUCACCGGUAACUUGUGCACCAAAGUAUCAACCACUGUCCCGGACACACCUCAGGAUUCACACGGCCGUUUCCAGACCUUCCUCGCACCUUGCUUAGGUUUCACAAGAAGGAUAGAACUUUCUCUUUCUCCGUCUCUCUUUUAUCAUUCUCCAAACCCCCAACAAACGUGUGCCGACUCCCGCCACCGCCCACCUCCCGUAGCACAAGUAGACAAGGCAGACACCACCACCGCUCCUCCCACCUACCUACCCUACCGUCAACUGUUUCUCUGAGACAUUCCCUCACGGAAAAAAGAAGCCACUCGCUUAGUCCCAAGCAGUCCCAGCCUGUAGCAGCAUGUCUCACACGCAGAUCUAUAGUCCUGCGGGUCCCGCGGUGCAGGUGUUUUGAGACUUGCCUUGUCAAUGAUGCCCAUCAUGUCCAGACUUCUUCUCAACGACCAAUAGCGGGCAAAACGGGGUGAAUCUUACAUCG